AUGUCCGACGCAAUUGUGCCACCAAAGGGCCAACCUGUUCCUGGCGAUCCAGAAAAAAAGGGAUGGUUGUUCAAGUGGACGAAUUAUCUUAAAGGAUAUCAGCGAAGAUGGUUCGUGUUGUCAAAUGGAUUAUUAUCAUAUUACAGAAACCAAGCAGAGAUGUCCCAUACAUGCCGUGGCACUAUAUCACUGCUAGGUGCAUUGAUUCACACAGCUGACUCUUGCACAUUUGUCAUCAGCAAUGGUGGUACACAGACUUUCCACAUCCGUGCUCAUGAUGAGGUUGAACGGCAAAGCUGGGUCACAGCACUUGAAUUAGCAAAGGCUAAAGCGAUUCGUGCACAAGAGUCAGAUGAUGAUGAAGACCAGAUGUCAACCGGGCCCACAGUGAUGGGUGGAGCUGAUGGUGAGAGUGAAGAUGCAGGUGGCAUAGCCCGAGAAAUGGGCGCGCGGUUUCACGACUUACGCACUUGUUCUGAGCUUGUAGCAAGGCAUGGGGCUGCUUUGCAACGUUCCCUAGUUGACUUGGAGAUACCUCCCACCGACACUACAAAGCAAGUCUCCGAGCGUGCUACUCUGUUUAGGAUAUCUUGUAAUGCUAUGAUGAAUGCUUGCUCAGAAUUUAUGAGUGCAGCAGCAGCGUCCAGUGCGCGUAUGAGCAGGGCCCUGCAACAUGAACGCGAGCAGAAAAUGAGGCUUCAAGAGGUGGUGGAACAACUGGCAAGGCAACAUGACAAUUUAGAGAAGACUGUAACUGCUAGAAGCACACCACACACAGGAGGAAGCGGCUCGGGGCAAGGAAACGAAACAGAUGAGGAAAAUGAAUUCUUUGAUGCAAUGGAAGAAGGAGUCUCCUCUGCUAUGGAGGACAAGACUUCAUUUGUGAUUAAAGUGCCCGUAAAUAGAAAAAACAAAGUGAAAAGCGGUGAAAGUUCUGAUGAGUCGGAAGGCGAAACAUUGACUGAAACUCAACAGGUGAUAUUUGUGGAAGAUAAGGAGAGGGCAGAGAGUGCGAUGGGCGGUGCCGACGCGGCCACGGUCAGCCAACCUACCGACAACAAAGAGAAACAGGAAAUUGUAAUAUGGCCUCAUGCGGCGGAAGCCACGUCGAGUACUGUGGACGGACACCCGCGGCGAACACGCGUUCCCGACAAGCCCAACUACCCGCUAUCACUCUGGUCCAUUAUGAAAAACUGCAUCGGUAAAGAAUUAUCGAAGAUUCCGAUCCCCGUAAAUUUCAGCGAGCCGCUGUCAAUGCUGCAGCGACUCACCGAGGACUACGAGUACUCGUCCAUACUGGAUCAGGCCGCGCAGUACACUGACCCCGCGCAGCAACUCGCUUACGUGGCCGCUUUCACCGUCUCGUCAUACGCCACCACGGCCUGCAGAACAACGAAACCAUUCAACCCAUUAUUGGGCGAGACGUAUGAGUGCGACCGCAUGGCCGACCUCGGCUGGCGAGCCAUCUCCGAACAGGUGUCGCAUCACCCGCCGAUGGUGGCGCAAUUCUGCGAGGGAGCGGCUGGCUGGCAGUGCUGGCAGGAGUUCACCAUGACCACCAAGUUCCGCGGGAAGUACUUGCAGGUCAUCCCUCUGGGAGGGGCUUUCGCGUACUUCCCCUCCGAAGGCAACAAAUACACAUGGAGGAAGGUGACGACAACGGUGCACAACAUCAUCGUGGGCAAGCUGUGGGUGGACAACCACGGCGACAUGGACAUCAUGGGCGAGGCCGGGCCCGCCGCCGGCUACGUGGCGCACCUCAAGUACCUGCCCUACGGUUACUUCAGCAAGGACACGCAGCGCAAGGUCACCGGCGUCAUCAAGGACCCACAGGGCGUGCCGCGCUACGUGCUGCAGGGCCACUGGGACAGCCGCGUGGAGGUGGCGGCCGUCACGUCCGCCUCGCCCGACAACACCGUGUGCAAGACCGGCAAGUUCGCGCUCGCCUGGCAGCGAGUGCCCGCACCACCUGACUCUGAGAAGUGGUACAAUUUCACGCUCCUGGCGGCUCAGUUGAACGAGCCCGAGCCGGACGUAGCACCGACAGACUCGCGACUGCGACCCGACCAGCGCCUCAUGGAGGAGGGGCUGUGGGACGAGGCCAAUUCGGAGAAGUUACGCCUUGAGGAGAAGCAGAGAGCCGCGCGACGUGGUCUCGAGGCAGAGGCCGAGGACGCGGCGGCGCGCGGCUUGGCACCGCCCGCACCCCCCGCGCCCCUUUGGUUCACGCGUCAGGCCGCGCCCGGACAACCGCAUCUGCGGCACCUCUACAACCACCGCUAUUGGGACGCCAAGCGCGCUCAGGACUGGAGCGCCUGCCCUGACAUAUUCUAGCGCCGCCCCGCCUCCGCCACCCUCUACUCGCCACAGGCCGAUCAAUAAUAAACGUUUUGAGAAAAUAGGCUCCCGUGAGCCACCGGGUGGUGAUGGAAGCACUGAGUGUUGGCUGUGAGGUGCGUACGUGUUGAUCCCGCUCGCUGACAAGCGGCCGUACCAAAACAUGAGUGUGCAAUUUGAAAAACCUUGUCUAAGUUCACCCGAUGACGUCAACAUUUUGCACAUGCGGGAUCAUUAGAUACUUUAGUCGUGCGAUUGUGUGCCAAUCUUAUGAAGUCAGAGUGGAAGUUUUAACAUGAACGAACUAUUCCGUGUUGUGCAAUAAAAGAGUUUAGGGUCCUUUGAUUUGAUUGGUUCAAAUUGAGGCUGAAGUUUGAAUAUGGACAACUAGUUGUGAUUUUUUGUCGACUAUUCUAAUGUGAUUAUAGUUUUCAAUUGACUGCUUAGGCUUUGUUACAGUGAAACGUUUUUUCUACUUAUUAACUGUUAAUAUGAUGCGCCCACAGGAACUAACAUUGUUGUAAAAUAUAUUGCAUUUUGAAGUUGACUGUGAACGUAAUUAUUGUUUUUCUCUUUUCAAACAUUAACUCCCUUGCUAAUUAACAUUUUAAAGCGAUUAUAUACGUGUGUAAGGUUUUGUCUUCCUUUUUCGAAUGACAAAUUAUUCAUGACAGAGAGAUUGUUGAACUACCAGUUUUACAGCGUUUAUUAGUAAGGUCAUGAGACUGCUUUGACAAAAUGUUUUGCAACAUUGUUGUAAAAUGUUGUUCAUUCUGCAUGGGAGCAUCAUAAGUUUUGCAUAAGCUUCAGCUGUUAUAACGCUGAAAAUAACAUUUAGCUAUUCCGCUCACUAAGAAAUGGGGCGAAAGCGAUAAAAGCUUUGACAAUAUUUAUGGAACCACUGCCCUUCGCUAAUUUAAAGAUAGCGCAGCAGCUACGAUAUAAAUGCAUCUUGACGAUGUGAGCGAAGAACCUCAUGAUGGACGAACGUCAUCAUGUCAACCAAUAGACGUCCAUUGCUGGAUAUAUAUCUUUUGUAGGGAGUUCCAAAAACAACGGUCUUGUGCGUCCGGCGGCUCCCUGAAACUAGUUUGAAUUAUAUAAAAUUAAAUACUAUUAUCUUUAACUGAAUUCCACAAUGCCCCGAACAAUUGCGUUUGCUCACUUAUUUAUUGACACAAUGAUAAUCGCGUUGUUUGCAGCUCAUUUUGAACAGUUUUAAAGCAUUGUGUUAUUUAAUUUGUGCAUAAAUUAUUAUUUGAGUCUCGUCUAUUUUAACAAUGUACUGCAAAUGUGUGUAUUAUACAAUUCUAAUUUUGUUGGUUUCAUAUUGGUGCUCCUUGCAUUUUAUUUGAUUUUUCUGUCACUGGUUUUUUAAAUUUUCUCUAUGUAUUAAGGCUUAUAUUAAAUGUUCUCUGUGUUGUAAUAUGUAAAUAGAAAAUGAAUAUUGUUGUCAGCUUAUGAAUACUUACGCUUCUUGAUUAGCAGGUUGGAAGACUAUAAACAGCUAGAUGAAAUGAGUUAUUCAAUAUUUUUAUAUUCUAGUUGAGUAUUUUAUAUU